AUGUCUCAGUAUACAAAUUCUUCUGGCGACAUAGAUCCCUUCGAAGCCCGGUUACAUUUUAAUUCCAUACUUAAAAAAAUAACUUCUAGCCAGCAAACUAUCCAAACAUGUACAACCUUUGCCCUUAGACAUCACAAGUAUUAUGAAGAUCUAUACCGAUGUAUUAUGGAAGUUAUGGAAAAUGCUACAAUUAUGACUAGAAUGAAUCUCUUUUAUUUUUUGGACAGUCUUUGUGUAAAAUCUAAAAAGGUUGAAUUCAACAAAUAUAUUGAAUAUAUUCAGCGUGAUUUGAAAAAGAUCGUUGUUGAUUACGUUUGUGAGAGGGAGGAUGGGUGUUUCAAUUUAGUUAAUACUUUAAAAGUUCUAAGUAAUUGGAAAGAAAAAAGCUAUUUUGAUGUCUCAGUUAUUGAAAGUGCAGAACGCGUUCUAUUAGACUGGAAGAAAGAGCCGAAUUACCCUUCGAAAUUAAAAUUAUCAAAGCAUGAUAUUUUGAAAAGAAUAGAAGAAGACCGAGAAAGGGCGAAGCAUCUUCGAGAAGAUAUUUGGUGGGUGGACAAAAGCAUCCCGGAUGGUGAGGCUCUUAGCUUAUGGGAAGAAUGUUCAGAUCUAGACAAGAAUGAUUAUUUGGAAAUCUUGACAGAAAAUUUCAAAUACCAACCAGAUUAUCCGUGGCUAGAUGUAUAUAAAAAGGUAAAAUUAUGGAACGAAGAACAAAAGCAAUUAGAAGAAGAGGAAUUGAAGGCGC